GGAUCUUCGAGCCUAAUAUCCAACCCCUCUCUUAAUCAAGGUAGGAGACCGAUGAUAUUUCUAGCUUAGUCGUCAUGUCACACGCCCUACGACUUAUGUUCAAUAACUAUACAGCUCAACGUAUCUUCAAAGAAUAAGCUAUUAUUCUCCUCGUCAACAAAGAUGGCUCCCUCCGCGACGACCACGACCACGGCUGCCUUGGCUCCUUCCACAAAGACCGCGUCUGGCAAUACGAGCUUCAAGUUAAAACCAGAUAGCAUCCCUAGAGCUAAAGAUGAAGAGUCCCAGACGAAGCAACAGACGCCUCUCCAAGCGAUCUCCCAUGGAAAUCUUAGCCUCCCAGGCGUUCCAUCCUUUCCAGAUUUUGCCUCCCAACGACAAUGGCAGCUCGAGCACAUGGCGGCCGCAUUCCGACACUGGGAUCGUAUGGGCUAUGUCGAAGGCAUGAGCGGGCAUAUCUCGGUGCGUGACCCGGAGAUUCACGACGCCUUCUGGACGAAUCCGAUCGGCGUUCACUUUGGAAUGCUGAACGCUAGCGACAUGAUUUUGGUGAACUUCCAGGGCGAGGUGAUUGGGGGCAAUCAGUCUCGACCGCCUAAUGCAGCGGGGGUAUGGAUCCAUGGUUCCAUUCACAAGGCAUGGCCUCACGUCCACGCCGUGUGCCACUGUCACAGUGUUUACGGGAAGACAUGGUCGGUUUUCGGCAAGCCAUUGGAGAUGUUGACACAAGAUACGUGCAAAUUCUUUGGCGAUGCGCAGGCGGUCUACGACAAUCACGGAGGCGUCGUCCUUGCGGCAGAAGAGGGCGAACGCAUUGCAUCGGCUUUGGGACCAACCGCCAAAGGUUGCGUUCUGCGUAACCACGGCCUUCUUACCGUCGGUCAGACCGUGGAUGAAGCUGCCUGGCUGUUCACGAGUAUGGAAAACAGUUGCAGGGUCCAGCUCUUGGCCGAUGCAGCUGCAGCCAACGAUGAGUUGAAGAAAGUGUUGAUCUCCGAUACGGAGGCCCGGUUCAACUUUGAGGCGGAAGGCGACCCAGAGGUGUGCCAUGCGGAAUUUCAGGUGUACUAUGACUACGAGGAUCGCCGAUGUCAAGGCGAGUUUAAGGACUUUAAAGGCUUGUAAUGCGGUUGCGGACAGAAUAGUAAUCCUCAAAUUCGUCUCUCCUUGUUCAUUCAAUUUCAAAACAUUGGUUGCCGUUCGUCGAUCAAAUGGUCAGAGAAAAUAGUCUAGAGUGUGUUUGUCGCUGUGAUUCAUGAGACUAGAGCUUAUCUUGAUGCCGAAAUAUCUCAUAGCCUUGAAGAAUACCAAUCUGAUCUCUCAGCAGCCUUCGGGCACAGUCAGGGGUUACAUUCCACCGCCACCCCCUGUAAGGCGAGUCGGGCACGAAGCGAAGCCGGCUC